CAAUGGGACUCUGAAGAAAACCUACCACCAGGUAGACGCCAUCUGUCACCAUGGCUAAAGGAGACCCCAACAAGCUGAGGGGCAAGAUGUUCUCGUAUGCCUUCUUCAUGCAAACCUGUCAGGAAGAGCACGAGAAGAAACACCCAGACUCUCCCGUCACCUUUUCCAAAUUCUCCAAGAAAUGUUUGGAGAGACGGAAGACCAUGUCUGUAAAGGAAAAGUCAAAGUUCAAAGAUAUGACACAGAGUAACAAAGCUCACUAUGAAAGGGAGAUGAAAAAUUAUCUUCCUCCCAAAGGUGAUAACAAAAGGAAGAAAAAAGAUACCAAUGCUCCUAAAAGGCCUCCGUCUGCCUUCUUCCUGUUUUGCUCUGAACAUCACCCAAAGAUCAAAAGUGAGCAGCCUGGUUUAUCCAUUGCGGAUACUGCAAAGAAAUUGGGUGAAAUGUGGUCUGAACCAUCAGCCAAAGAUAAGCAACUAUAUGAACAAAAAGCAGCUAAGCUAAAGGAGAAGUAUGAAAAGGAUAUUGCCGCAUACCAUGCCAAAGGCAAAAGUGAAAUGGGAAGGAUGGGUGUUGGUAGGCCAACAGGCUCAAAGAAGAAGAAUGAACCAGAAGAUGAGGAGGAGGAAGAAGAGGAAGAGGAUGAGGAAGAGGAUGAAGAUGAAUAA